AUGUCCGAGGGCAGCCCCACCUCCCUCCUGCACCUCUCCAUCACCCGCUGGAUAGCUGACAAUUUCUUUUUGUGUGAAGGAUGCACGGUACCCCGCUGGCUACUAUACGAAAUGUAUAUCGAAAACUGCAACCCAGGUGCCAAGGAUAAAGUAAAUUCAGCCACCUUUGGAAAGCUUAUUCGGUUAGUUUUCCCGGGUCUGGGGACAAGAAGGCUGGGCACAAGAGGCAGCGCCAGGUAUCACUAUGAUGGAAUAGCUAUCAAGAAGAACUCUUCCUUUUAUGCACGGUAUUGCUUUCUUCUGUCCGAAAAAAAAUAUCUCAGGCACAGCUCUCCAGGGGAGGUGAUGGCCGCUUCUGCAUGGGAGCUGAGCACCCCGACGGGCAGCGGUGGAGAUGCCUGCAGUUCGGCAGAUGCAGCUGGUUACACGAGCAAUGGCCAAAAAAUAGGAACAGAUUUGCACUAUUUUCCGUUGGUCACUUAUUUGAAGACUGAAGAAGACAGAUUUGAGUACCUUUUGCCUGAAUUCAGGACAGUCUAUCCUUGGGAGCAAGAGUUAGCGAAGAAAUACCCCUAUGAAAUGGUUGUACUGCUUGCAAAUGAGUACAAUAACUACUGCCAAGUCCUUUUACAGGUUGUGAGAAUGGAGGAGCUUGACAAGGUGGAAGGCUUCAUCGUGUCAUUCUGGAAGUCUCUGCAGCCUGAAAAAAUAGCAUUUAUGUCCUUGCCAGAUGUGUGCGAGCUAUUCAAGUGCUAUGAUAGGCAGCUAUUCCAGGAAAUGGAGAACAUUCUCCUUCGUGACUUCCUGGAGGAGGUGUCUGUGCAGUACCUGAAGACAAUCAGACUGUUCAGUAAAAAUGUUAAACUCUGGCUGCUUAAUGCUUUGGAAGGGAUGCCAGUGCUGCUCCAAACAACCAAAUAUAAAGAAGUCACACUGUUUAUAAAAAGACUCAGGAGAAAGACAGAUCUUUCUAAUAUGGCCAAGACAAUGCGAAUAGUCUUGAACAACAACAGCAAAGUCACUGGUCUGAGAUCAGACUUGCAUGCUGUCAUCAACCAGGGAUUUGUGGAUAUGCCCGGAAACCUCUUCCGAAAGAAGUUUAGGAAUCCAGAUGAACUGCAGAAUGACACAGAAAUCAAAUGUUUGAAUGACUUAAUAUCUUUGCUGGCACCUUCUACAGAUAUUCGGGUUCUCCUGAACUGUAUGUCUACAAAUCUUCAGGCUUUUAUCAUUGAGCCAAGCAGGAAUAAAGAGGAAUUUAGGAAACUGGCAGCUGAUUUCCAGUUGAGGUGGAACUUCCUAUUAACGGCCGUGAGCAAGGCAAUGACACUCAACUACGCAGACAGCUUUGGAUCCUGGCAUUUGUUUAAUUUGCUACUCCUGGAUUAUGUUGCUCACAUUUUCCAGUCCUAUAUAGAGGAGGAGGGAGCUGCAAGCUUCUAUGUCAUGGAGCAAAACGACCCACCCGUUCUGCUGGUUUAUGAGCCCAGCUACCUCUGGGGCUAUUUUGCAGAGGAGCAACCUCAAGCCAAAGCUCCACAGCCAACUCUCAUAACUGUGAUGCAGAGCCCGAGUAACAUCACAUUAAGCGACACAUAUUCAGAGUUCUGAGUUGUUUGGAGGACACAGGCACAGGCAGCAAGGUGAAAUAAAAUACUAGCUCUAAAGAAAAUUUAAAAAAAAAAGAAAAAGAAAAAAGAGGCCAUAAAUUGGGGGGAAUUGGGAAGGGUGUUAUGUGGACAACAGACCAAAAGGGCUGAUCAGAAGAGAGAGAAAAUGGUGUAGUCUUUUCUCACUAGCAUGAGAGGCUCUCUUUCCUCCACCCUGUUAUUAAUUUUGUCAAAAGAUGUAGAAGUGGGAAAUCCUUGAGGCCUUUCUGCCAUGCCAGACUUCCUUGCAGUCAGUCCCGUGGUUCAAAAUUAUCAGCAUAAGGCAUGACAUACAGGUAAAAAAACAAAAUGUCCAAGUCUUCUUAGGACACGAGGCUAAAUAUAAGGCCAUAUGGGAAUGUGGAUCAAGCCUCUGUGGUUAAUAGAAGAGAUAUAUUCAUCACUCGUAUGUUCAGCUGUUUUCAGAUUCCUCUUCCAUGUAAUAACAGCACUUGUCUUCAGUCUCAGAGAACACUGUGUUUUCCAGAACACGGAGCUGGACAAAUGUUAAUGGCACCAAGAUUCAUGAAGAAAAUAACAUUUUGGGGUGAUCUUGCUAUCAUUAUUUUACGGCUUAUAAACUAGGACCAGGACUGGAAAUUAACUGUUUAAAAAAUAUAUAUAUAUAUAUCCUCAUUAGUUGUAAAGAGUUUUGGAGAACCCUUGUUUUUAAAUAUAAGAUAUGCUAAAACUAGGUCAGUAAUGAAAUUGGAGGGGUUAAAGAAGGCACAAAGGGGACAAAACAAGAAUGAUUUAUGCACAGGUCAUGGGCUGUUGGACAAAAUAACAACUUACUUUGAAAUGCAGUAUGAUGACCUGUCCUGCCGUACCACCUUAACUUCUAAAACAAGCUGAGCUGGAUGCAGGGUAUGACCAAGGAACUGCCAAACCACUGAUGGCCAGAAAUCAGGAGAUAAACCAGUAGAAAGCUUACUCAAUGUCUGUCCUUCUUCCUGUGCUCUUUCACUCUGCUGUGCAUAUGGGCUUUUUUAUGGCCUCUGUGGCCAUUGCAAUGCUCUUACGCAGGUGACAGCAGACAAGGAUCUGACCCGGGUUGUUUGUGUAAGUGAUAUGCCUAUAAAUAAAUGUGUUGGUUUUUUACAUAUUUUGAACAUGACACCAAGAACAGAGCAAGGCUGCUUAGAGUGAGGGACAAGGGGUGCCAGAGUAAGAGAGGAUGGGUAUAAAACCCAAAAAGGGGAGUAGCACAACUUGAGACGGUAUGGAAGAGGGAAGGAGAAAGUAAAGGAUUGGGCAAAUGUAGGAAAAGCUUAGAGGGGAAAGACCCUGACAGCUAAUGGAGCUGAAAGCCCCGGGUUCCAGCAGCCCAUGCCAAUACUAAUCCCACAGGCUGAUGAAAAAUGCAGCUGCCAAAAGCGUCUCCAUCUCCUAGCACUUUGUUCACCUUACCAUCUCUGUGGAUCCCCUGAACGGAUUCCUGUCGCAAAAGGGGUUGGCUUCUGUGACUUUGGAUCACCUUCCCCUGCUCCCAGGCAGCCAUCUGUCCCUGCUCCUGGCUAAUCCCAGAACGCAUCCUGUGGGGUAUGCAAACCCUCAGCGGCGUCCCACAGCCAAGCUGCUGUUUCCUGGGCUGUGCGCCUGCUGCCUGACUUCCUGCACCGUGUAUCGAGGGUGUAGCUUGCAUUUUUUUUUUCCCUUUCAGUCCUUUACCUCAUGCAGCCUCUGCAGAUCUCUCUGGCCUGGUGUCUCUCUUCAGCUCCCUUCCUCCACUCCAUCCCCUGCCAACAACACCAACCUCCGUAUCUUUUUCAUCUUGUCCCACAAGGCAUUUCUGUGCCUUCCAUGCAGCCUGUUAUGCUUGGGAAAAAAAUCUGUUCAUCGCACCUCCACCCGCAUCUCAUUGAAAUUAGUGCUAAAAACUCACUUCUGCUGUGAAACCCUGGAAAAACGAGAGGGAGGACUGGUAACAGAAAUCAGAAAAGAAUCUCCCAACCUUGCCCUUGCAUCAGCAGCAGCAAUAUGUGCCUGUGUCUCAGCAGAUCUCUUCAUGAUCUUUCAGUCGUCACCUUCAUUUUUCCUUUUCCUUCCCCAUCUGUUUUUGGUCCCCCAUCCCCAGUUCAUGCUGAAUAUAAAUUACGCUCCUCAGCAGAGACACCGUGUUUUUACAUGUAUUUUGAACAGCGCAGCAUUUUUUUUCUUUCUUUUUUUAUAUAUAUUUUUUUCUUUUUUUAAUUUGAAGCAUGAAAAUCAUUGUUAAUAAUCUUGAAAACCGAAUAUAUUCCAAGCUGGUGAUGUCU